UCCACAUCUUCAUCUCCAUAUUCUCUUCAUUUCCCUCAAUCAUGCUGCAGCCUCAACAGUGGUCUGUCGUUGGCAUCAUAUGUGUAUCUCUCUUACAAAUUUUCAUGCCAGUGGAGUGUUUUCCCAUAGCUGAUAAGAUCACAAGUCUGCCAGGGCAGCCAAAAGUUGCAUUCCAACAAUUCGCAGGCUACAUUACUGUAGAUGAAAAGCAGCAGAGAGCUCUUUUCUACUACUUUGUUGAAGCUGAAGCACAGCCUGCUUCAAAGCCUCUUGUUCUUUGGCUAACUGGAGGGCCUGGUUGUUCAUCUGUUGGAGGUGGAGCCUUCCUUGAGCAUGGCCCCUUUAAACCAAGUGGAGACAAGCUACUGAUCAGGAAUGAGUAUAGUUGGAAUAAAGAAGCAAAUAUGUUGUACCUGGAGUCACCAGCAGGAGUUGGUUUUUCUUACUCUGCUAAUAAAUCAUUUUACAACUAUGUGAAUGAUGAGAUUACAGCACGAGACAGUCUCAUAUUCCUGCAAGGCUGGUUUGCUAAAUUUCCAGAAUACCAAAAGAGAGACUUUUUUAUUGGAGGAGAAAGCUAUGGAGGUCACUAUGUGCCACAACUUGCACAACUCAUUGUUCAGUCCAAGGUCAAGAUCAACUUGAAGGGGAUAUUUAUUGGGAAUCCUCUUCUGGAAUUCAACACAGAUUUUAAUUCAGUGGACGAGUAUUACUGGUCUCAUGGCUUGAUAUCUGAUGGUGUUUAUGAACUUCUCACUAAAGUUUGUAAUGGUUCUGAGAUCUUAAGAGAGGCCAUCACAAGAGAAUUUCUUUCUCCUGCUUGUACUUUUGUAUUUUUACAACGUCAAAAAGAACUUAAUAACACCGUCAAUGUGUACAAUGUCAUUGGUAAUGACCAUUGUUUAGAAAAGCAGUCACAAAUGGCGGCCCUUUAUGAACCUCUGAGCUCAAGAAUUCAAGCUUUGUUAUCUCCUCAUUCACAACCAAAUGCUCUUGGUGAGCAGCAAGCUAAAGAAAAGGAAGAUGUAUGUCCAGAAGUAACUACAGCCACGUAUUUGAACAGGAAAGAUGUUCAGCAGGCUCUCCAUUCUCGGCUUGUUGGAGUCAAGCAAUGGACUUUAUGCAACUUGGUUCUAAAAUAUGAUGAACGAGAUCGAGAGAUACCUACAAUUUAUGUGGUGGGCACACUUGUCAAGUCCGGCAUCAGGGCCUUGGUAUACAGUGGAGAUCAAGAUUCAGUUAUCCCAUUUAUUGGGACUCGGAAACUGGUAAAUCAAUUAGCAAAGUUGUUGGGAUUGAAAACAACUGUGCCUUACCGACCUUGGUUUGAAGGAAAGCAGGUUGUGGGUGGAUGGACACAGGUGUAUGGGAACAUGAACCUCUCUUUCGCCACCGUAAGAGGAGCUUCUCACACUGCUCCGGAGACGCAACCUCAGAGAUCAUUCGCGCUGUUCAAGGCAUUUCUUGCCGGGAAACCACUGCCGACAUCAUGAUCAUGAACUCAUCAUCAAAAUCAGUAAUUAUAAUUUACUUCAAAUAAGUUGUGUCGUGUCAUUUCUGUUCCAUUAAAUCUUCGAGGAUUGUAAUCACCGUCAAGUUUCCUUUGGCUGUAUGUAAAAGGUAGAUCGCCUUUCUAUGGUUUAAUGGUCUAUGUACGUAACUUGUGUUAUGAUAAGUUAAUUCAAUAUGAUAAGUGUUUUGAAUAAAUUUCUUUGUAAAGAGUAGUAAAGACUCGUAAUAAUAAUAAUGAAAAAAAGAAAGUAUAAUAAUAGACCAGUAUAUUGUUGUUGUUGUA